AUGCCCGCGGACCUUAGUUUGGGAAGCACCGGACAGAGAGGUGUCGAACCUGGAGGGGGCGGGCCGGCCUCAGGGCUCUGGUCGCCGUCUAUGAGGGCUGACAGACGGGCGGGGUGGGAGCGACAGACCAGCGUCUGCCGAGUUAAAGACCACAACUGCGCCAAGCUCUGA